AUGGGCGUAAAUUCCCGUCGUCCUUUAUUACCUGCACCCACCGAAUCCAUAGUCGAUAGCAGAAUCGAUACUACGGGGAGUAGCCUCACAACCACCGACAUGGCUACCGACGUUUCCCGGCGAACCGACAAAUCGUCUUAUUCGCUACCAGACGAUGGCAGUCCCAUCACUAUUUCUACUCGACGACGAUCAAGCAAAAAAGAAGAUGACGACUCGUCAAAGCUUUCACGAACGUCCCAUCACUCGCAAACUUCACUUCUCAUCGAGUAUUUUGAACGUGAAAAAACUGGCUCGAGGCUUCACUCAAGGCCAAGCGUCAGAGUCAAAGUAAUUCCAUCGGGAAGAAAAAAUCGAGAGCAUGGUGACACCAUUCAGAUACGUGAAGGCGGCAGCAGCAGCAAACGGCCAAACUACACUAGACGUAUUUCAGUCAGCACUCCAUCGAAGAAGAAAACCAUCACUGAGGGCAAUGACGAUCAAAGCGUCACUGACGACGAACAGGAUGGUCGACCACUUGAGAUUGAAUUUCUAGACCGCGGGAAUGGAAGCGAUCUUUCCAAUGAGCGCUAUAUCCAGCCAACUUCCGAAAUAUCAUCAAUGCCAGCAGAUAGCAUGCUUGAUGGCUCUAUGGUCUCCGGUGUGCCACGCCGCAAGCGGAGUCAAAGUCUAGACAAAGCCCGUGACACAUCUGAUGCCGACCUUCUCAAGGCACCCUCAAGACGAAGGAGCCGAAGUCUGAGCCGCGAGCGGAUCGCUUAUAGAGUGGCACAGAAAUUGAACGCCGGCGAUGGGGGUCGACACAAUAAGGAGCUUCUUGCAGCCGAGUCGAAGCCCUUGAAAAAACGCUCUCACAAGUAUGACGAGGAAGAGCAGCCUAGUAUCGAGUCUAGCCUGUUGAGUGGUUCCAAUGUUUCAUCUCGCCACAAGUCCGGCGACGCCAUAUCUUUCCGCUCCAACACAUCCAAGUCGUCUUUGAACAACACCAAAUUCCUCGAGACCGUCGAAGACGCUAUACGCCGUCUGAUCCUACCCGAGCUCAAAGAACUCAAAAAAGACCAGAAAGUUAGCGACAACAAGUUGAAGUUCGAGCGUGAUACGAUUGAAUCUGGAAGCGGCGUCAGCUCGAAGGACGUGCCCAAGCGACGUCUUUCAAAGCAUUCAAGCGCGCCGGAUGUCAGCAAAAGUUCCCUUUUUGUGGCAAGCACCGAAAGAGCAACGCCUGAGAAAGAAGAGGUGGGCACCCCUGAAGAGCGCCGAAGACGUUACAAAGAGCGACGCCGUGAGAAAGAAACAGAGAGAGAAGCAGGUUCAGCAUCUCCAGAAGAAUCCCUUCGUAUUCGUAAGGGUUCGCUUCCUGGAAACCAACGCGAAUUUACCGAAGAGGAGAAGUUACGACGCCAGAGGAGUAAGGGUCUUAGAGAUGCCGCCGCCGCGGGCAUUGUUGGCAGUGCCCUUACAGCGGCCGCUCUCAAGCACCAUGAUUCAAAGUCCAGUCUGGGUAAAAAGUCAAGGAAACGCAAGUCUAAGAGUCGCAGCGGAUCAGGAAGUAUCAACGAUUCCGACACAGAACUUGUUUUCCAGAAACAUAAUGUGCCACCAAUGCCAUUCCGAAGUGACAUUGACACCGAACUUACUCGCGACUCUUUGCUCUCUCAAAGAACUGCUGAUACUGUUGACACGGAAACACCAACGCCUCGCCAGAUCAAAGAGGUCAUCCGAGGUUCUCCACGUGGCCUGGAAUCUCCUAGCCCUGGGACGCCACUCGGAAGUCAUAGGGAACUGGCUUCUAGGCAAAGCAAUCGCAGUGAUCGCGACUUUGAGGAGAGGACUGAUUCUAUUGAUGGUGAUGUUUUCCUCGAAGGUGCUGGCGGUGCCAUAGCGGCGGCUGCAGCUGGAAACUUGCUCGGACAUCACCCAGAUCACGAUAUGCUUGGUCCAGAGGACAAUAUACACCAUCCGCGUGCUCUGAGCCCCAUCCAAAGCGUUGCUAGUGAUCAUGACCUGCAUGAAACUCAGAAAGAGGAGGUGUUCCAUGAUAAGGAAGCCGAUGACCGAAGAUUUUCCAUCCAAUCCCUGUCUUCUGCGCCUAGUACAGAGUUAGCUAGAUCAACGCGCCCCGAGGGUAUCAGCUUCGAGAGUCGCAGCGAAAUCUUAAAGCAGCAUGAUGAAGGCGCUACGGAACUUGGCUACGAAACGGAUAGAAAUAUUGAAGCCGAGCCGGGGGCGGAAUGGAACGAGACUUCCUCUUAUGCGGGUCAGCACGAUGACUUCCAUGACGAGGACUACAAGGCUGACAUCAAUCGCGACACAGUUGAAGGCGAUGUCUAUGAUGAGUACGAUGAUUCUCCAAGGGAGUUCAAUGAAGGAGCCGCUGUCAAUCCAAAGUUUGUGACUCCAGUCGCCGUGGAAUCUGCAGUGGCCUCACUGUUGGAACCUUCUGUGAUGGACACGAGAUCCGGUCUUUCCCAACCUCGUUCGCAAGCAGAUUCUCUAAAUCGGUCUGUCGAUGGAAGUCAUGUCGAAGAGUCCCGUGAGCGUGAUCUAGCCGAGGGCUCUCGUCGCGGAAGCCCUCUGAAGUAUGAAUACGGUCUCAACAACCACGAUGAGAAAUCCUUUACGAAGCGUCUUGGUGCAGCAUCACCUCCUCAGAGCGUCACUCAGUCAGACGAAGAUGUUGAUGAACAUGAAGAAAGAUAUCCUCUCGACACCACCAUGGUAAACAACCAUGAGAAUAUGCACCCGGACGAUGCACAAUAUGAUGAAGAGGAAUCGGAGAUCGACACCAACCCUUCGGUCAUACAGGGUCCUAUCGGCAGUGUUCCUCAUGGUAGCAGAGAUCACUGGCCUUACAAUCCCACUCCACCACAGGCCAGAGAUAUUCAGUCUUCACCCCAACAUGACCUCAACCCGGCUGCAGCCGCAGCGAUCGGUGGUGUUUUAGGUGCAGGUCUGGGGCUGUCCGCCGCCGAACACGGAGCCUACAAUCAAGGCUAUGACCAAGGUUAUCGUAUGUACUCGACGCCCCCAGGAGCCAAGGAUGAGGGAUAUAUCUCGGCAGCAAACCCCAUGUCUCCUAGCAACGGUACACCGGAGCCACGUAACAAAUUUAGCACACUCGACCAUGCCAACCCGCCUCUUCUCUUCGACAACAGAGACCUUGAAGAGGAUCCCUUCGUUGGCUCUGGUCACCAACGGCACUUCAGCGGUUAUUCCCACGGCAUUGCCUCUCCUAUAUACGACAGUGCUACAGGUCGGGGUGCCGAGAGUAUUGAAUCCAAGGACAUCAUUGCUUUGAUGAACCACCUCACCGUUAGAGACUCUCAACGCAAUGCCAGAGACACUGAAAUUCUAUUCACCCUUGUGCGCAGUGCAGCUGAUAUGCGGAGUUCGUUCUUGGAAAUGAAAAAAUUCAUUGCCGAGCAAGAUGAAAUGAUUUUGCAAGCCAACGAGAAACAACACGAACGUACUCGGGCUAUCGGCGGCCCGCGCCCACUCCCUGCCUCACGGUCCAACCGUCAAUUGGCCGCAGCCGAUUACGGUGAGGAAGUCCAAGCAAAACGACGAAAUGUCUUCCGAAGGGCCAUGAAGAGUCUAAGUCUGAAGUCGUCUAACGACUUGACAAAGAUUGAAGAUAUGCUUGAGCAACUUCUCGACGAAGUAGAAGCUUUACGAACUGCUCAAGGAAGUGUUGGAACAGCACCAGCAACGAAUGCCGCCAGUCUUAACUCAAACAUCAAUGCUGGAGCUUAUCCUGAUGGAUAUGAGCCUGAAGCCGAUGCGCGACCAAUGAACACACGCCGAGCAUCGGAGAAUCGUAUCAGCACUGUACUUGAAGGAGACGAAGAGGUCGAUGCGUAUGAGCAGCCACUUUUGGAUAGAGAAGUUCCAUAUGAUGAGCGUAUUCCUGAUGAGCGAGGUGUUCCUGCACAUCUCGGUACACCACCGCGCAAGCCCGUGCCUACUGGUUCGGGAAGCCAAGAAACCACUCCCAGAAAGUCGGAUGAGAAAGCACGCAAGCAUAAAUCAAAUAGCUCCUCCUUUUUCAAGAUUUCUCGGUGGUCAAAGACGACUGCCUCCUCGGCUGGUGACAAUGUCCGCAACAGCGUGCAGACUGCUCGAAAAGAACGUCCAUCGUCAGAGAUGUCGCGAUCGGGCUCCGAUCUAGCCAACAAAGACCACUACGCUACUGGCGAUUUCUACGAUCCCCAUGGCGAUGAUCGUCUUCGAUCCACGUUUACUGUGGAUGAAGAACCACAAGACAAUCGUCCUCCCUCACCACUUGUACCUUCUCAAGUUUCCGAAGGACCCAAAUACAAAGCACACCGAGAUAGCCUCAAUCUGCAACACCCGCAGCCACAAAAAGGUCCAACUGAUCGGUACCAAACUCAUCUCGAAUCUCAGGCACAAGUCUAUGCACCGACCUCCCCCACUUCAGAGAGAUGGGGAUCACAAUCAAGCCUGCCUCAUUACACCAAUGCGAACAGAAUGAGCAGCGGCAACGCUCGCUUGACACCCAUUUCGGAUGCAGGCUACUCGGAAGUGAGCUCCUCUAGAGGCCCUCCUCGGCCACCAAAAGUCAAAGAUGCCGGACCAUUGGUACCUCAACGACCACCCAAGAUCAAGGAAGACGCCGGUUCUCCGCAUACCGAUCGAUUUUCUGCCCGAAAUAGCCGUGGUAGCGCUUCCCCGGUUAACGCGCCACCGACUCGAAAGCCUACUGGGCCUAGGCCAAUUACCAGUUCUGGACAGUUCAGUCCUAGUAACAUUAAACGCAAUCAGUAUCGCGGAAGCCCUAACAGGAUCGACUACGAUGAUGACGAGUACUGA